CUGCAGAAGGGUUCAACACUCGGAAAUUUCAGUCUUCACCUGAACCGAAUUCUGCAGGAAGACUUAGGGAUGCUCACAGGUCUAGGCCUGGCCCCUGAUGGUCACUCCCUCAUCCUGGCCAAAGCGGAUAUGAAAUUACUGCACAUGAAGCCAGGGGAUGAUCCCUCUAUAAUUUGGAACACCUAUACAAAUCAUCCUAUGAUGCUGUACACCCACAAGGAAUAUGGUGUGUUUUUCCUGCAGCCCACGGAACAUGGAGUUCUUUUGACGCAAAAGGAAUCAGGAAAGUUUGAAGUGAGUCUGGAAUUUAAUCUGAAUUUAGAGAAUCCUACUAGGACCCUACUAUCCAUAACUCAGGCCAAACCUGAAUCUGAGUCCUCAUUUUUGUGUGCCAGCUCUGAUGGGAUGCUGUGGAACCUGGCCAAAUGCACCCCUGAAGGAGAAUGGGCCACAGGUAACAUAUGGCAAAAAGAAGUAAAAAUGCCCAAAACCCAAACUGAAGGGACAGACCCAUCUCUGUGCCAGGAAUCUCUAUGCCAGGAAUUAGAUACCAGCAUAAUUAGCUGUUCACCAGCCAUACAUCUAACAACGCGGCAACGUAGAAAGAUUCACUCGGGUUCUGUCACAGCCCUCCAUGUGCUUCCUGAAUUGCUGGUGACAGCUUCAAAGGACAGAGAUGUUAAGCU